AUGACGGUAUCCAAUAGAGGACAAGAGAACAUCGAGAAUGGUAAUGACGCACCCAAUGAAAUCGCUUCUCAACCUCAAUACAAUGCUCAGUCGCAGGACGAGUUUAAGGAAGGCGGCUAUGGCUGGGUUGUGAUUUUCGGUGUUUUCAUACUCAAUGCUCAUACCUGGGGACUCAACUCGAGUUAUGCUGUGUUCCUCGCUUAUUACCUUAGAACAGGCACAUUUGGAGCUAGCGAGCUCGGAUAUGCCUUCGUUGGCGGAUUAUCUAUCUCCAUAGCCCUUCUUGCUUCCCCGCUGGCCACUUCUCUGGUGGGAUGGAAGCGAUGCGGCACGCGACGAACUAUAUUUCUUGGGGUUAUAUUUGAGACAAUUGGGUUCAUCGGCUCCUCUUUCGCAUCAAAGUUAUGGCACUUGGUCUUGAGCCAGGGAGUGAGCUUCGGCUUGGGCAUGGGCCUCUGCUUUGUCGCCUCCGCAUCUGUCCCUCCUCAAUGGUUUGUAAAACGUCGGUCGUUCGCCAACUCCAUUGCCGCUUCCGGGUCCGGCUUUGGUGGCCUAUGCUACUCGCUGGCGACCAAUGCGAUGAUCUCUAAUAUUAGCCUUCCAUGGGCGUUCCGCAUUAUAGCUAUCAUCUGUUUCGUAGUAAACAGUGUCGCCGCCUACCUUAUCCGGGAUCGGAAUGCAGCUAUCGGCUCUGUUCAUGUAGCCUUUGACUGGAAACUGUUCAAGAGGCCGUCCUUCCUCUUAAUGCAGGCUUGGAUGGUACUAUCGCUCAUUGCAUACGUCAUACUUGUCUUCAGCAUCGUCGAUUAUUCCCAGUCGGUUGGCUUGACGGCUUCUCAAGCCUCUUUAGUAGGGGCAUUGUUUAACUUGUCCCAGGGACUCGGAAGACCACUCAUAGGACUUUCAAGUGACUCCGUCGGCCGUUUGAAUAUCGCGAAUCUCAGUACAUUGUUCUGCGGGCUCCUCUGCUUGUUCUUCUGGAUAUUUGGCACCAAAACCUUUGCUGGCUGCAUAGUGUUUGCCCUCCUUAGUGGUAGCGUUGCUGGCGUGAUGUGGGCCACUGUUGCUCCUAUAUCCGCCGAAGUUGUUGGGCUUGCUCUUAUCCCGUCAGCACUAUCAAUGACGUGGCUUGUGCUCGUAUUACCGGCAACGUUCGCUGAGGUUAUCGCUGUAAGCCUAAGGCGGCCAGGAGAAGGGGGUUACAUCCGCGUCCAGCUCCUCACCGCAUUUUUCUACAUAGGCGCAUUUAUAUUCGGCUGGGCUCUCAGAGCUUGGAAAGUCUGGGAACUAGAACAAGUCCGUCUUGAAAAAGAAGAGCGCGAGCUUGCCAUCCGUGAUGAGGGCGUCUUGUCGUCGGCUUUGGAAACUCAGUCGCAUAAUAGUGACCCGAGGUCUCAACCUUCUCGAAGGCCAUUUUCAAUCGUUAAGGGCCUUUGGGUCAUAGAACGGGUUUAAGAAAAUUGUAAGCGUUCAAAGCUAAAAUACGGCAUUAUUCAUGGUAUAGACAGGUAGGGAAACAAAAUUUACAGCAAUAUUGGGCUGUAUAAACAUGUGUAUCAGUACGAAUUCGCAUGUACUCUA